CCUCGGGUCCGUCGCUCUGGCGGGCCCGGCCGGGAGCGCUUCCGCCGGGAGGGCGGAACGGAGAGGCCGGUGGCGCGGCGGGCGGGGGAGCGGCGUGUGGGCGGACACCGGGAGAGCGCGUGUGGCGCGGAGGAAAACAAUUUUAAGGCUGAAUACAUUUGUGAUGCGCGUCUGUUUGAUGAAGAAGGUGUUGCUGUUUCAUAGUUACUUUGCGAAAUUAGCUGGAUUGAAAAGUAAGAAGAAAUAUGACAGAAGAAGCAAGUGCAGAUGAUAUUCAAGUGCAUGAUUUUCUCAAGAAAAAGAAGAAAAAGAAGAAAAUACACAAAGAGCACAAUGAGACACAUGAAAGUUAUGAAAGCGUACAAAAUGAGGAGCUUAGCUGUACUUCUCCACUGCUGCUUGAAGAUCAAGCAGCACAGACUGGGGAAGGCCGUAAAAAGAAGAAAAAACACAAAAGCAAGGGAGAGGCGCAACAGCCUUCAUUAGGUGAUUCUUGUGUAGAGCUGGAACAUGAAAUUAGUGAUGAAACUGCAGUGGAUACUUCCAAAAAGAAGAAGAAAAGAAAGAAGCAUAAGUGUCGUGAUAGUACAGAUCAGCAAAGUGAUGUAACUUAUGGCACAGUGAAUCAGCAUCUUACUGAUUGUUGUCAGGAGGUCAAUGCUGAUUAUGUUUGUGUAAAGCAGUCUGCUAAGAAGAAAAGAAAAGAAAAAUUGUCCGAAGGGGAGGAGGUAUAUGAGCUGUCCACCUCAGAAACAUGUGAUAGAAAUGACGAUGGAAGAUUAAAAAAGAAGAAGAAAAAGAAGAAAAGAGAGAGAAGUACUGAAGAUAUGCAGGAAGACACAGCUGUAACCAUUGAGCAGUCACUGUUAUCUCCAAAUAAAAAGAAGAAAAGGAAAGACAAAGGCUUGCCGUUGCCUGCAGAAGAGGUUGAUGUGGCAAUGCCCCAGCAGUGCCAUGGAGAUGGUGACUGUGACUCUUCUCCCGUGUGCGAAGAUUCUCUGGAUGUACCCGCUAAUUUUUCGAAGCUGAGUAAAGCAGCUGAUCAAUCUCAUCAAAAAACUUCAGUGCGUGCUAUAAAGGAAGACACAGCUGUAACUGUUGAUGAGUCACUGUUGUCAACUCCAAAGAAAAAGAAGAAAAGGAAAAAGAAAGACAGAGUCUUGCUGUUAUCUACAGAAGAGGUUGAUGUGGCAACACCCCAGCAAUGCCAUGAAGAUGGUGACUGUGAUGCUUUUCCCGCCACACGUGAAGAUUCUCCAGAUGUACCUGCUAAUUUUUCUAAACUGAAUAAAGCAGCUGAUCGAUCUCAUCGAAAAGCUCUAGUGUGUGCUAAAAAGGAAGACACAGCUUUAACCACUGACCAGUCACCACUGUCAUCUCCAAAGAAAAAGAAGAAAAGGAAAAAGAAAGACAGAGUCUUGGUGUUAUCUACAGAAGAGGUUGAUGUGGCAACACCCCAGCAAUGCCAUGAAGAUGGUGGCUGUGAUGUUUUUCUUACCGUACGUGAAGAGUCUCCGGAUGUACCUGCUAAUUUUUCUAAACUGAAUAAAGCAGCUGAUCGGUCUCAUAGAAAAACUCCGGAAGACACAGCUGUAUCUGUUGGCCAGUCACUGUUAUCUCCAAAGAAAAAGAGGGAAAAGAAAGACAGAGUCUUGCCAUUAUGUACAGAAGAGGUGGUUGUGGCAGCGCCCCAGCAAUGCCGUGAGGAUGAUUGUGAUGCUUCUCUUGUGCGUGAAGAUUCUCCGGAUGUACCGGCUAAUUUUUCUAAACUGAAUAAAGCAGCUGAUCGAUCUCACCGAGAAACUCCAGAGGAAGACACAGCUGUAUCCAUUGAACAGUCACUAUUGUCAACUCCAAAGCAAAAGAGGAAAAAGAAAGACAAAGUCUUGCUGUUACCCGUGGAAGUGGUUGGUGUGGCAAUGCCCCAGCAGUGCCAUGAAGAUGGUCACUGUGAUUCUUCUCCUGUGCGUGAAGAUUCUCUGGAUGUACCUGCUAAUUUUUCUAAGCUGAAUAGAGCGGCUGAUCGAUCUCAUCAGAAAACUUCGGUGCAUGCUAAAAAGGAAGACACAGCUGCAGCUGUUGAUCAGUCACUGUUAUCUCCAAAGGAACAGAAGCAAAGGGAAGACACAGUCUUGCCAUUACCUGCAGAAGAGGUUGGCGCAGCCGUGCCCCAGCAGUGCCAUGAAGAUGGUCACUGUGAUUCUUCUCCUGUGCACGAAGAUUCUCUGGAUGUACCUGCUAAUUUUUCUAAGUCGAGUAAAGCAGCUGAUCGAUCUCACCGAAAAACUCCAGUGCGUGCUAAAAAGGUAGUAAAAAGCAGAGCUUUUGUCAUGGAAGAAAGCUCUUCAGAAUCUGAUGAAAUGACACCAGAACCCUCAGCAUCAAAUCGGAAGAAGGACCAAAAUAGUUCCUUUACUGAAACGGUAACAUCUGAAGAACUUGGUCCGAAUGAUGAAGACCAUGUGGGCUCUAGGACAAGUUCAGCCGUGGAUUUGGAGGCUGCAAAACAAGAACUGGAAGAGUUUAUUCCUCACGUGAGGAAUAUAGCAGAGUGUUCAAUCAGGAAGAUGGCUGGAAAAGACCUAGCGAGGUUUAAACAGUUUAAAGAACAAGGUCUUGCUGUCAGGUUUGGCAAAUUUUCCAAGAAGGAGAAUGAUCAGAUCCGGAAAAAUAUUGAAGAGUUCUUAUCGAUUACUGGAAUAGACAGUGCUGAAAAACUCCUGUUUACCUCGAGGUAUCCAGAGGAACAAAAAAAUAUCAAUCGUCUAAAAGCAAAACAUCAUUUUUGUGAUAAACUUUCUGAGGGCAUACCGCGACCCUGGAGGCUGGUAUAUUAUCGAGCAAAGAAGAUAUUUGACCCAAAUAACUAUAAAGGAAGGUACACUAAGGCAGAAAAAGAAGAAUUGAAGAAGUAUCACGCUCUGCACGGCAAUGACUGGAAGAAGAUUUCCGAGAUGAUGUCUCGCUCCAGCCUCUCAGUUGCUAUGAAAUACUCUCAAAUCAAAUCAGCUGUUAAUUAUGGUCCUUGGUCAAAGGAAGAAGUCCAGAAGUUAAUGCAUGCAGUGGAGGAGGUGAUUAGGAAAAGAGUGGGAAUGGAAGAUGCAAAUUCUCGCUCAUCAUCGGAAACGUCGGGUACAGAUCACUUGAUUGACCAAGAGACACUGUACCAGAAAUUACCAUGGACUGAGAUUGAAACUAAAGUGGGAACUCGACAUUGGAGACAAUGUAAACAGAAAUGGAUGGUAAUUUUAACAAACAAGAUGACCAAAGGGCAGCCGUCAUAUAGAGGGACCCAAGCAAUACAGGCCAAGAUCAAUCUGAUUAAAAGGUUGCAUGAAAUGCAAGUGGAGGAUUAUAGUGACGUAAAGUGGGAAGAACUCACUGAUAUUAUUGGAAAUGUCCCUGCAGGCUACAUUCAAUCCAAGUUUUAUAGGCUGAAAGUGACCUCUGUCCCUUUUUGGCAAAAGAAAACCUUUUCUGAAAUUAUUGAUUAUCUUUAUGAAAAGAAACUUCCAGAGCUUGAAGAAACGUUAGGAAGCAGGAAGGGGAAACGCAGUAGUUCUGGUAAUUCAACAACCACCAACCAGAAAAAGGCUUUCCGACUCAGGGACAUUUUUGACUCCAGUGAAGACAGUGACUGAUUGAUUGCCUUAAAAACCCAAUUCCCAAUCUGCAUUUUAACUGCAAAAUGGAUCUGGUUAAAAGUGGGCGCAGAUCAACAACUGCAGGUACACAGGCUACCUCAUCAUGGAAAAAGUAAAGAUGUGAUUUUUCUUGUUUCCUGUUGAAGACCGAGGUAAAUACAGUUUUUUGUGUCACCUUAAAUUAGCUCUGGUUUUAGAAGUCUUUAUUUAAGCAUCCAAGUUGCUUUCUGAGUGUCUCAAAAAUAGUACUUAUCCCACUGCUUUGUUUUCUAUGGACUUGAAAGCUGCUGUUUACCCUUUGUGCAUUAACUUGGUUUUCAGAACUUUAAUGGAUUUGAAAUAAGUUUUAAAAAUAAAUUUGUGGAGUUGGGAAGAGGAUUUUCAUUGGCUUUUAAAUCUCUAUGAUAAAUCUGAAGACAUCUGUGUUGAUGAAAACAGCACAACUUUUAGGUUGGUUUGCUUGUUUUUAACAGGUACCCCAGUCUUAAAAGCAACUGAUUUUAUCAACUCUUCUAGAGAAAAGGGGUAUUAGUCCACUGGUUUUCAUAAACUGUAAUGUCAUUUCAUGCUAAUUAGAACAAUGCAUUUAAAAUGUUUUUUGUUAAUAUUUGGAAUACGAAGGCAAAACGUAUAUUUAUUUCGCCAAGGAGAAUUUCUACGUUUUAAUAAGUUGACGGGUAGGAGGGGGUUGUAUUCAUGUUGUAUGAUAUUUUGAACUAUCUGCCUAGAGCGAUUAUUUGUAAAUUGAUGGACUGAAUAUUAAAAGAAAGAAAAAUCUUAUUGUGCAUGUAAAGUAUUUUUAUGGACUGUUUAUAUUUCCUAUAUGUUGUAUUAAAAAGUAACACAAAAAGA